AUGGAAAAUAGACUAGGGAACUCUAAUGGAGUGGGAAUUUCGAAGAAAUCAAGGUCGUUGGAUCUUAAGACGCUGUAUAAGUCUAGCAUUUCCAAGGAUUCAGUGAAUAAGAGUUUUAAAAGGAAAAAUAGGCCUGGGAAUGAUGACGAUCGGUUGAAGCAGGACAAGAAGACCAGAAAAGUUGUUUCUUUAAGUAGCUUUAAGAAAGUCGAUAGCGAAAACGAGAAAAUUCUUGAUAAGGCAUGCAAUGGCACCACAAUAUUGGACAACUUGGAAGACUCCAAUGUGGGGUUGGAUGAGAAAUUGUGUGACAGUAGUGGACUUCAAGGGAUUUCAGUUGGUUUGGCAGGUAGUAUGAUUUAUGUUCCUAGGCGAAGGAGAGAUUUUGUUGGGAGGAGUAGGUUCGAGAAUGGCCUAGUGCAGAAGUCUGCAGGGGAAUCUGAUAGCCAGGAGGAGCUGCUUGAUAAGCUCCCUAAGGAAACUGGUGAAGAAUCUAGUGCUCAGGAUCAGCUCACGAAAGCCGAAGAGAAGGACUCUGACAAAGAAAUCAAAGAAUCUAAUUCAGCAGUUCAACUGCAGUUGGAAGACGGGCAUUCUAAUCAGUCUCCAGUGAAAGAUGAUCAGCUGGUUGUUAAACAAACGCACUCUAAUAGGAGAAAAAGGAAGACCCCAGCAUCAAAUAGACGUGUGGGAAAAGAGGCCAAGUCUUCUGGUGAUACACCUGGUAGAAUAUCCAAGGUAUCACGAGAAGAUGAUGAGGAGAAUCUUGAAGCUAAUGCAGCAAGAAUGCUAUCUUCGCGGUUUGAUCCUAACUGCACCCAGUUUCCUUCAAAUCCUGUUACUCCUGGUUCACCAUCUGCCAGUAGAUUGCACCCAUUAUCUUCUGGUAAGAGUUCAGUUAACCCUCGGUCUGAGUUGUUUAGUUCAAAAUGUGGCUCAGACGACACUGAUGAUAGAAUGUUGCGACCAAGGAGAAAGCAUGAUGGGAAGGGUAAAGUUCGGAGAAGGCGCCACUUUUAUGAAGUAUUAUUUUCAGAUGUGGACUCACAGUGGUUGUUAAACAAAAAAAUAAAAGUUUUCUGGCCUUUGGAUCAGAUUUGGUAUCAUGGUUUUGUGGAUGGUUAUGAUGGAGACAAGAACCGGCACCAUGUAAAGUAUGAUGAUCGUGAUGAAGAGUGGAUCAACUUACAGGGUGAAAGAUUCAAAAUUCUGUUGUUCCCUACUGAAGUUCCUGGAAAAAAUCAACGGAAAAGGCGCAGUUCAGGGUCCAAGUCUACUCUGAAAAUAAGAGGGAAUGAUACAUCCAGCAAAGACGAGGAGAAACAGAAGCUAGAAGAUGAUAGCUGCAUGGGGGACAUGGAAUCAGAGCCAAUCAUCAAAUGGUUGGCUCGGUCUAUGCAUAGGGACAAAUCUUCCACCCUGAAGGCUGUGAAAAAACGAAAAAAAUCCGAAAUAGUGACAUCUGGUGAAACUGUGAAAAUGAAUGGGGAUGUUUUUAGAGACACUGUAGGACAGUACACAGAUAGAUCUGCUGGUUCUCUGCCAUCUUGUGAAUUACCUGGACCGAGUGGGAAUGAGUACUUGUUGGAAAGCUCUGGUAAGGGUAGUAUAUAUCCUAUCGUCUAUUAUAGGAGACGACUUCAUACAGCUAAAAAAGGAAUCUACAAGGGGUCAGGUGACAGUAAUGUUGAGCAGCUUCAUGUAUCAAAGAGUCCGGAUCCUGAUGUAGAAUUUUUGCCUUUUGAAGAUUCUGGGCUUCUGGAGCUUUAUUGUCCGUGGAAUGACACAGAGAAAUUGGAGUUGUCCGUCAGCCUGCAGGCUGUUUCUUUGAUGAACUACUUUCUUAUGGCGGAUGUUGACUGGCUUUCACGUAUUGCUCUUUUGCUUCAUCAUGGUACACUUGUGAGUUUGUGGCCACGGGUUUGUUUGGAAAUGAUUUUCCUGAAUAACCAAGAUGGGCUAAGGUAUCUAAUUUUUGAAGGCUGCUUAAUGGAAGUUGUUCAGUUGGUUUUCCGUAUCUUGACGGUAGUAGAUCAUUCUAAUAAACAAGGAGUACAAGGAGCGGGUACUGACUUGCAGUUGCCAGUUUUCUCAAUUGGUCUCCAAGUUUCUUCCAUCCCAGGUUUCCAAAGACAGUUUGCAUUUCAAGUCUUCACUUUCCAUGAAGUGAAACAUUCAAAGUGGUCAUACUUGGAACAGAAUGUCAGGAGGCAUUCUUUGCUGGUUAAGCAAGUAUCAACUUCGGAGUGUACACCUGAUAACAUGAAGGUCCUGCAAAAGGUUAUGCAGAAGAGAUCUAGGCAUGGAAUCAGCUCACGCCUUGUUUCUAGAGGAUCAUCAUCCAUUAAAGUCUGGCCAACAUCUACUUGCGACCAGAAGCAAAGUAUGAUACCAUUUGCACUUCCUUUUGCUGCACGACCACCUACACUGUUAUUUAAUCUGCACCUGGAAAUGGUGAGAGAACUGGGUCAUGAUUCAGCAGAAUACCUGGGAACUGACAGCGAUUUGGUAAUAGAUGGAGGUUGUGAAAUGGGUCAUAUGGCAGAUUGCACAAAUAAACAUUCUGAACCUUCUCUCAGGAGUAGGGGCCAAAAUAAUGGACCAACUAUCACUUCAACCAGAGGAGAGGAAACGCAAGAGUCGAAAGAUCUUCACACACCAACUCAAAGGCAGCAGCUGGGGUCUAGUUCUGAAAACUGUUUGUCGAGCAGUUCUUCUGUUGUCAGACAUAGACAAGAAACCAGGUCUAACGUUUCGGGGAAUGGCAUUAGUAUUGAAGUUCCAGUAUCUGAUCAUUGUGAGGAUGGUCCUCCGCAGUUAAGUAACCUGGCCUUGAAUAUUCAAGGUAGCACCUCAAGUCCCAAGGCCACUGCCCCAAGAAGUAUGUGGAAUCGAAGCAAAAGUUCUUUAAUUGGCCAUCUCUCAAAUGGUUGGUCGGAUUCAAAGGGAGACUUUCUGCACACUAAUUUGGGAAACGGACCUAAGAAGCGACGUACCCAGGUGUCGUAUUCAUUGCCUUCUGGGGGUUCUGAUUCUAGAAACAAAAGUUCCCUGCACAAGGGGCUUCCGAACAAAAGAAUUAGAAGGUCUGCGGCUGAUGUUUCCAGAGGUCUUCAGAAAGAUUUGGAGUCUAGUUUCUGUGAUGCCAAUGUUUUAGUCACUCUUGGUGACAGAGGCUGGAGAGAAUAUGGAGCUCAGGUUUUCCUGGAACCUUUUGAUAAUAAUGAAUGGAAACUUGCGGUGAAACUCUCAGGGACAACAAAAUACUCACACAGGGCACAUCAGUUUCUGCAACCUGGGUCGACAAAUAGGUUUACACAUGCUAUGAUGUGGAAAGGUGGAAAAGAUUGGACGUUAGAGUUCCCUGAUAGGGGCCAAUGGUCUCUUUUCAAAGAGAUGCAUGAAGAGUGUUACAACAGAAAUACUCGGGCUGCUUUAGUUAGAAAUAUUCCUAUUCCUGGCAUCCGCAUGAUAGAAAAAGAAAAUUUUGAUGGAACAGAAACUGAAUUCAUCCGCAGUUCUUCUAAAUAUUUUCGGCAGACUGAAACUGAUGUUGAGAUGGCAUUGGAUCCUUCACGUGUUUUGUAUGACAUGGACAGCGAUGAUGAGCAGUGCCUUAUGAGACUUCGUGAGUGUUCGGAUGCUGAGAAUAGUGGCUCUUGUGAGAUCACUGAGGACAUGUUUGAGAAGGCAAUGGACAUGUUUGAGAAGGCUUCAUAUGUAAAGCAGCGUGAUAACUUUACCUUAAUUGAAAUUCAAGAACUGAUUGCCGGAGUUGGAUCCUUGGAAGCAAUGGAAACAAUUUAUGAGCUUUGGAAAACAAAGAGGCAGAGGAAGGGAAUGCCGUUAAUCAGGCAUCUUCAGCCACCUCUGUGGGAAAAAUAUCAACGAGAUCUCAAAAACUGGGAGUUGGUUAUGAGCAAAGCAAACACUCAAAUCUCCUAUGGGUCACAGAAGAAAGAGUCUCCUAUUGAGAAGCCAGCGAUGUUUGCCUUCUGUUUUAAGCCUCGAGGUUUGGAAGUCAAGCACAGGGGAACAAAACACAGAUCACAGAAGAAACUAUCGGUUUAUACUCAACAUAGCACUGCUUUGGGAGAUUAUGAUGUCUACAAUUCAUCUGCCGGAAGAAGAUCUGUUGGUUUUGCCUCUGGAGAUGAGAGGUUUUUAUAUUCAAACCACAGUUAUGAGCAAGUGGACGAAUUUCCGAUGCAUCCGGUGUUUCCUGGAACAUAUUCCCCGCGUGACCUAGGCAUGGGAUAUUUCUCGAACGGUGGAAAUGGAUAUCAUAGGAAUCACCAAAACAAGUUUCAAAGAAUCAACGGGAAGAGGAACAUGAGUGAACGGUGGAAUGCAGGGUAUUCUGAAUCCCCCAGUACCAAUCUUCUUUGUUACUCAAACGGAUCUCAGCGUCUUGAUCCGGAAGAAUUACAUAAUAGUACAGAUAUUGAUGAGUACAAAUUACGAGAUGCAGCUGGUGCUGCAAGGCGUGCAUGCGCUUUGGCCAAGCUCAAGCGAGAAAGAGCAGAUAGAUUGAGGCACAGAGCUGAUCUAGCAAUCCAGAAAGCUGCAGCUGCUCUCAUGUGUGCAGAGGCAGUUAAAGCUUCUAUUGUGGACCAAAGCAGCAACGGAUUCGAAAGCUCAAGCGAAGGAUGAAACGAUAGCUACCACUUUUUUUAGUCUGGGUUAUGUCUGAGUUUUCUUCUUUUGCGCACCUCUUGAGCAAAAGAAGAGAGAGAGAGAGACAGAUUCAACAUGUUUUGUUCCUCAGACAAGACCCGGUCUUGACACGAACCCAGAUGAGCUCCACUGUACAGCAAUUUGCCUCCCUCCCCUUUUAAGUAAGCUAUAUUUUGAUGCAGCAAUAACACCGAGUCGGGACUCUGAAACUUUGAUCUCGUGUACCCAUCGGCCGAAACGUCGUUAGUAGUUAGAAGAGAAUGUUUCAAAAAAAAAAGAAGAGGAGAUGGUUAACAAAAAACAAAAAGAGGAGAUUUGUAAGUAAUUUGGUUUAUUAGCUUAUUUUGAUAGAGAGAUUCAGUUUGAGCAAAGAUUCUUCUACUGCAAGUAUUUUGCAGGGCUCUUCUUACUGCCUUCUCUC